AAGUUUAGCUCCACCGGCAUUCGAUUUUGCGCCAAGAAUAAGCAGGGGAGGACAUGUCGUCGGAGCUGCCCUGGAACCGGUUGGUGGGGAUGCUCGCGGCGCACACGGCGACUGGUGUCGUGUUUUGGGCGUUGAUCGACCAACUUCCGCGAGACGUGUAUUGGUUCUGCCUCCAAGAAAUGAACUUGUCGUCCAAGCUCGCGUUCCUCGGGUUGCUCUUCCUUCUACCUCUCAUUCUCGUGAACCACAAGCUCCGCCUCGCUGCAGCGCAGUACGGCAGUGUCCUAGAUGCCAUGGGCCUCCUCUGCCUCUUUGUUCGCUUUCACAUUGACACGACCUUUCACCUCGUGAUGUGCUGCAUCGGUCUUGUCCUUGUCACCGCCGCCAGGUUGUCCUUGUGGUCUUUUGCACGUCACUUGAAGGCACUUUCGUCCGACGGAUCGGUCACUGCAGCGACGUUGUCGGUCACUGGCCUCAUGCUCGCCAACUUCGUCACGUUAGCACUGCGCUGGGGCAACAAGUCGCUCAACCCCGUUGUCCCGGGCCUAGCCGACGCCCUCGUCACGGUGGUCGUGUGCCAGCUGCCAGUAGCGCUGGCAUGUGUCUACCUGUUCUACUACCGCCCUCACCCCCUUCUCGCCUCGCCCGUGUCGACGCGGCAUGCUUGGUGGCGCUCCGUCGGCUCCAUCACAAGCAUUCCGUUGGUCGUGUUCGUGACUCAAUGGGUAUUUGGCGCCCCCACUGCCGUUUCAAGGUGGCUCGGUGUGUCCACCGAGUAUAGUUGGCUCGUGCUAUUAGCAUACUCGACAGGCGCAGUAGUUCCCCAAGUGCUCCCGCGAUUCGUCAUGUCAAUUGUGUGGACCACAGGCCUUUUGUGCUUUUGCUCGACAGCUAAAGUGGAUGUCCAACUUGUGGGCUCGGCGUGCAUGGCUAUGGCGUUGCCAUCGCUUUGGAUCGACCUCGUGCCCCCUAUCGGCUACGCCCCAUUAGCGUCGAACGUAUCGGCCACGCAACUGGUAUCGGCGACUGUCAUGUCUGGGAGCGUACUACCAAAUGACAAGUCCACGCCUUCCCCGCACACCGGACGGGCCCAUUCCGCCGACUCGUUGCAGACCCAUGCCAGUCCAUCGUCGGGGUCAAUGUCCACUGGCCUCUGCGUCACGACUUGUCUGGGCACGCUGGCGUACAUUUUGCUCACGGCGCUUACAAUCAUCUUAACGUGCUACGACUACCUUCCCGACGAAUUGCGGUUCCUACGAGGCCAACGGUACCCCCUCCUGCUCGCAGUGGGGUUGCUGCUCAGUGCAGCUAACGCCUUGACACUGAUUCGGUCUCGACACCGCCGCCACUGUCGCUUCGUGCGCUGGACGUCCAUGCACGCAUUGAGAGCGGUCGUGGUCACAGGGCUACUCGUUGGGGUGCUGUGUCCCGUCGCCAUUGUCCGCCUGGUCAUAAACCACUCCUCGGGGCAAGUCUCUCCCUCCAACACGCUGCUGGGCGUGCCGUCGGACUUUCGAGUGUUUAGCUUCAACGUGUACCAAGGGUUUAACCGCGCCGGGCUGACCAACUUCCAACCGAUUCUCACCGCGAUCCAAGAUUACGAGCCCCAUAUGGUGGCGUUGCAGGUACGGUACGUUCUUGAAAUGAUACAUCAUGGUGAGGUGGGGCAUAGGAGUCGGACACGAUGCAAGCGGGCAGUGGGGCCAUCGACAUGACGGAUUUCCUCGCGCAGGAGCUUGGCAUGUACAGCUACGCCCACCCCCGGACCGUCGAGGACUCGUUCGGGUGCACGUUUCUGUCUGUGUUUCCGAUUGUCGAAGCCCAAAGUACUGGCGUGAUAUUGCCGUCGCCUCGCGGAGAAAAUGCAUGCAUGCAGGUACAGUCGACAUGGCCAUUGAGUUCUAUUCAAAGAAUGCCAAACGCUAGAUGGUGGCUGUCGACGUCCAUGGCACGGCGGUGACGGUGGUGAAUGUCCACCUAGGCAACGACGGCAUGUCUGAAAAGCAGACGCAGCUGGACGUUGUAGCGCGCACGAUCCUUAGUCGACCCAUAAAUGGGCCGUUGUUGGUCGUGGGGGACUUCAACACUCGGAACAACACGGCGCAGUACCGUUCGUUUGUACAGAACGCCGGACAUGUGCGAGACGCGGGGUCGGCGGCCAACUGCCGGCAAUCAUUCAACGACACGAGCGUUCCCAUCGAGUACAUGUUCUACAGCAACGUCACGUGCGUUCAGUUUGACUACCCACACACAUAUCCCCAAGACGAGACGGCCGACUCCUUCCCGCGUAUCGGACACUUCACCCUCCCAUAAUCCAAACAUACAACCGUUUAUUUGCACAUGGGUUGACAUCGUCCGAUAUAGUGUAAUCGACACAGUAACGUUACUAAGUAUUAAUACCAUGG